CGUCCACAGCUUCAUUAUCUAAUGUAUGCUGUUUGUUUCAGAUCGGGCAGCCCAAAGAACAAACACAAAGACAAAACUAAACAGAAAAAGAGGUCCCCUGUUGAAACCCCCAGCAGGAGUUCACAGCAUCAAGGCAGCUGUUGUAGCUCCCGUAGCGCCUCCCUCUCCUCCACUCGGAGCACCUACAAAUCUCCUGCCAGGCUGAACUCCAAGCACAAGGCGGAUGGACAAAAGAUGUCCGGCACCUCACUGUCCCCCGGCCCCAACAGUCCCACCGUGUGGCACAACGGGGACCACAUCCAGCAAAGCCGCAACGGCAAGGCCGGCAGACUCAACUGCGCUGAGGGCAAGAAAGGACACGAUAAGCUCCAUCUGCUGACUGCUAGGUCUGUGAGCAUCCAGUCCACUCUGCUGAGAGAGCACAAGUUCCACCGUGCCUCCAGUAGGAGCCAAACAGGGCCAAUGUGUGCAGCAGGAGACCCUGGGAGUGUGGAUGCCAGGAGCACAGCCAUAGGGAGCUCUGUAACCCAGACAUCAGGGUGGAGAAGGAGUCAGAGAGGCCAGAAAGAGCGCUCCCACUCCCCUGCUCACAGCAGUGACUCAGCCCACUCCCAGCACAACCACACUCACAGAGGGAGGAGCUCUCGUCACCCCAAGAAGACAAAGGGUGGCCACUCUUCCAAGCGUCACCACCACUCAAGUCGAGGUCAGGCGCACCAUCGAAGCCUGUCGGCAUCUCCAGGACGACACUCGCACACAUCGGGAAGAAAGAAGGGGGAGUCACGUAACAAAGCUAGCCCCCGACAGCGCAGUAGCUCCUGGAGCAGCAGCCAUUCGUCCUCCCACUCUGCACCCAGAGACAGAGGCCCAAGCAAGGCCCAGUCCCCACACAACAGGCAGAACAACUCCAGAGAGAGGGACAGUGCCAACCGCUCCGACACUGACAGCCGAGCUCGCCGCCGCUCACGCAGUUACUCACCCAUUCGCAAAAGGAGAAGGGAUUCACCCAGCUUCAUGGAGGCUCGCAGGAUCACCAGUGCUCGGAAGCGGCCGAUCCCGUACUACCGGCCCAGUCCUUCUUCAUUCAGCUACGACACCUGGAUCUAA